AUGGCAGCGACAAUGACCUCCACCACUCUUCUCUCUUCUGCGACACCGACGGGCCCCAUCACGGCGAGCUCGAGCCUACCAGGCAGCUCCUCGAGGAUCGUUCGCUUCGAAAGCGAAUGCGUACUCAUUCCGGAGGCUCAGCAUCGUUCCAGGCGACACCUGAUGGCCACAAGAACCUAUUCGAUGCCGUUAUGGAAGCGCAGACCCAGCAAUGGAUUUCACAGUGAUACAUCUGCGACCGACGAUCCGACUUCGCCUGCGGGUUUAUCUUCUUCGCCAGAAGACAGGCAUAUCGUCCUGAAGCUUCCUAUCCCAAGUUUUAUGGCGAAACCACAAUCCCCGACGCGUUCACCCACCAUCAAGCCUCUUUCGCCAUGUAUAAGGCAUACGCCGUCAGGGAGAUUCUUAGCGGCGCCCCCUUCGCCGAUUCGAAGUCGUAGGCCGCGGACUCCAACGCGGAGCCCUUCUCUGCCUCUGCCAACGAUUCACAAGCAAAUAUUGGUUGGCCCUUCAUCACCCACUCCUGCAACCAUACCUCUCAGGGCAUGCUGCCCAGACUGCUUCCAUAUCACUGAGGAGUGCAUGAAGGAAGGGGACCACUGGAAGGAGAAGUUCACCCGUGGGGCCAGAAGGCGCCGAAGCGCGAGUUUAGAUUCGGUCGGAAGUGAUCCGUGUGCGCACUCCGUGCAUCCACCGACUUCAGCCUGCACGAAUAUCGUUGAUGUCCACUUACUUAGUGGACGGGGCACAUCAAAUGGGGGAUUUGCUGCUGUCGCCUGUCCUGCGAAGAACGCCACGGCGGUUGUAGCCUCUCGGUUCACAGGCACAGGGGCAUGCGCUAUCACCGUGGACGAAGUAGACAAGCGAAAGCGCUUUUCUGAUGUACACGCUCCGCCUUUUGCCCCUACUCGCGUCCGGGAGGCCUCGUAUUCAUCUAUCGACUCCGAUUCGUCGGUUCCCAGUCUGAAUGGCGACCUGUUCUCAGAUAUCGCUGAACGAAAACCCUCGUCCUCUCCAAUCAGAGAAAUGGAUGAAGACGACGAAGAUCAGCUGUUCCCCCUUCCUUCUCCCCGUCGUUCGCCUAACGCAUCCCCUGUUCCUGGCUCCCAUCGUUCUGGAUCGGUAUCUGGCUCACGAACACCUAGCAUUCGAUCGGUGAAUAGUGCACCUCCCUCUCCGGCGAAUAGCAUCCCGCCGUCACCCAAUGGUUCAUCUUCUUGUCUCAACAAAAGUGGAUCCUGUUCACGGGACAGCCUGCGUAGCUCGAAAUCCGGCUCUAGCGAGUCUUUGUCGAAUGGAAGAGGUAAAGGAGCACGUAAAAGCGGCCAGAAGCAUAGAUGUGAAAAGGGAUUCCUUUCGCCUCGCGAUCCUGUAGAAAGGGGGAGAUCCAGAGAGUCGAUAGAUCGAGAGGACGCACUCGUAUAUGCGCCUACCACCCCCAUCCUCGGCGUCCCUAAUCCUCCGAAACAGCGCACACAAACAACCCCCGCCAUCGCAACCCCUUCCAAAGUGAACACCGAUGAUGCCCUACCCGUAUUCCCCUCAUCCGCCCCGCCACCAUCCCUCCUUCGCUCCCGCUCACCCGCUACGAGAUUCCAAGAAAAUGACCCGGCACCCCGCAGUCCGUCACGCAGCAAGUCUUCUGGCAGCACCAAGCGUUCGCGAAGUCUGAGCACGCAAGGUGGACAACGUCGCAGGCCUUCUUUUUCGCUCCCUAGCCCGGCCGGCAUCCUCACGGACAUGCUGAAAGGCGUGAGUUCGAUGGGUAUGGGCAUGACUGGGACAAGUCGCUAG